AGAGAUAGAGAUCAAAGAGGGAGGAAUCACAACAAUCAAGACCUUGAACCUCUUUUACUAUCGGUCCAAUGUUGUCACAGACUUCAGAUGCAUUUCUUGGGAGUGGACAGAAAUCAAUAUUCGCACUGCAAUGUAAUUGAGCAUCUGAAAUAAAUUGCAGAUUUCACUUUUUUGAGCAGGAGAACUGUUUUGGCUGUUUCAAGCAUGUAGAACUCAUUCUCAACGUACCAAGGGCUUUCUGUUCAAACAGGGACUAGAUAAAUUUUCCAUCAAGACUCAAACAUGUCUCGCCUCUUGAACCUCAAAGAAACCUUUAGAAGCAUAAAAUCCUCAAACUUUAAACAUCCAAAGAUUCUAGCCGGUGUCGCUAUCACAGCUGUGCUGGCGUAUGGCGCCAAAGAUCAUGUGCAAUAUGCAACCUCAGUAUUAAGAAGCAUUGUGGAGGAGCUCAUGUCCAAACCCAUUGACAAGCAUGGGGGGACCAAAGCCAAAAAAGGAAGCGUUGUCAUUAUGGAUACUUUGAUUGCUAAGGAACAGUCGUCACAUUCACUCAAUGCUGAAUUCAACCGCAGAUUAAUACGACUCAUUAAGAUAAUCAUGCCAGGAGUAUUUACCAAAGAAUGCGGACUUCUCGUACUGCACACCAUGACCCUAGUGUGUAGAACUUUUCUCUCCAUAUACGUUGCCCAUCUUGAGGGUAACAUGGUUAAGGCUAUCGUCAAUAAGAACAUGAUCCAGUUCCUUUUCUACAUUCUGAAGUGGCUGGUCGUUGCCGUCCCUGCGACUUUCGUCAAUAGUGCAAUUCGAUUCUUGGAGAGUAAUCUAUCUCUAGCCUUCCGUUCUCGACUCGUCACUCACUGCUACAAGCUGUACUUCAAGAACCAGACCUACUACCGGGUUGGUAACAUGGACACUCGUCUUGUUAACCCAGAUCAGAAUCUGACGGAGGACGUCAGCACAUUCUGUGAAUCAGUCGCGCAUCUCUACUCUCAGCUCAGCAAGCCCUUACUUGACAUCCUCUUGAUGUGCUACACCUUGGUAGGUUUGGCGACCAAGAACAACUCAGGAACCAGUUUCUCCACCUUAAUCGGCAGCCUGACCUUCAUAGCCACGGCCAAGAUCCUACGGGCUGCGUCGCCGAAGUUUGGGCGCUUGGUGUCCGGGGAGGCAGAGCGGAAGGGCAACUUGCGGUUUGUGCACUCGAGAGUCAUUGCAAAUGCAGAGGAGAUCGCAUUCUAUGAGGGACAUGAGGUAGAGCAUGAGCAGUUGAAGCACAGUUACGAUUCCCUCAGGGAGCAGAUGAGUAUGAUAUACCGCCAGCGUCUCUGGUACGUGAUGCUGGAGCAGUUCUUACUCAAAUAUACCUGGAGUGCAAAUGGCCUGGCCAUGGUCGCUAUUCCCAUUAUCACUGCUAAGAAUCUUACGGUUGGUCCAGAUGGAAAACCAUUUUCAGAGAGUCAGUCGGUGAGUCUACGCACCCAGAGCUUCAUUACAGCUAAGAGCUUACUGCUGAGCCUGGCCGAUGCCAUGGAAAGAGUGAUGUCUUCCUAUAAAGAGAUAACUGCACUUGCCGGUUACACAUCUCGUGUUUCUGAGUUACUUACCGUCUUUGAAGAUGUCAGCAAUGGUCACUAUGUAAGGGCCAGGGUGGUGAAAGGGGAAAGUAAGGGCACCAAGAGUGUGGCACAUCUUGAGGGUCCACUGGAGGUUGCAGGUGAUGUGACAGAAACAGACUCGGCUCUGAUUAUUGCAAAAGACUUGCCAAUCAUUACCCCCAACAGGGAUGUAGUGGUCAGCUCUCUGUCACUAAAGGUGACCGAGGGAAUGCACCUCCUAAUAACAGGUCCAAAUGGCUGUGGUAAAAGCUCCCUGUUCAGGAUCCUGUGUGGGCUCUGGCCAGCAUACAACGGCCAACUUGUGAAGCCCAACCCCAAAGAAAUGCUCUUCAUUCCACAAAGACCAUAUAUGUCGCUGGGCACACUGAGAGACCAAGUGAUCUACCCUGACAGGCACAAAGACAUGUUAAGAAAGGGGAUAACAGACAAGGAGUUAGAGAAAAUCCUGGACAUUGUUAACCUGUAUCCGAUUGUCAGUAGAGAAGGAGGUUGGGAUGCCACCAGAGAUUGGAAGGAUGUCCUCUCAGGGGGUGAAAAACAGAGAAUGGGAAUGGCAAGACUCUUCUAUCAACAGCCUAAAUUUGCUCUUUUGGAUGAGUGCACAAGUGCAGUGAGUAUUGAUGUUGAAGGCAAGAUCUUCCAGCGAGCUAAAGAUGCAGGAAUCAUUAUGCUGACCAUCACCCAUCGGCCAUCACUAUGGAAGUUUCACACUCACCUGUUACAAUUUGACGGGGAAGGAGGUUGGCGUCUUGAUGAGCUCAACAUCACCAAGCGGUUGUCUCUUAACGAGGAGAAACAGCGUCUUGAGACCCAGCUUGCUGGAGUGCCUGGCAUGCAGGAGAGACUUGAUGAACUCUGCGAAAUUCUCGGGGAGGAUUCUGUUCAUCGGACCCAAAAGAUGUUGGAGCAGUCGGACGCUUCAACCGGGGAUGAGGAACCUGAUAUAACUGGCACAGAGAGUGAUCAGUAGAUGACCAAAGUAUUCUAGUUCAAACAGAAGUAUAACAAAGUUUCUCUGGGAAAUCUGUUUCCUGAGAAACCAGGGCCUAAUUUCUGGCUCUGUUUACCGCAAAGCAAAGAAUCGCUGCUUACAUAAGCAGGGAAAACAGGGAAUUUUCGCUUUUAUGUAAAGCGUAUUUCACAGGUUAACGGGGAAUUUUUGCAUGUGCAUGUGCGUACUCCAUGUUACUAGGCAUUCUUCGCUUACACAGCAAUUUGGCGCUGCACAGUAAGCGAAGAAUUGUGAUCGUAGCGCAGAAUUCUGUGGUAUGCAGAGCCAAAAAUUGUUGCCCUGGACAAAAGAAAGAAAAGUGCAAUGGGUCAAUUGACUCUAAGCCUUUAUGUACAUGGACCAUAGUUCUGGAUGUAAAAGGAUGUUUGGAACCAGACAUUCUAGAUUGGUCAGUGGCAACCUCGCUACCAUGGGCAGUGCGCCGUAUCAGGCUAGCUCUGUGUACGUCUCUAACCCCUGGGAGGGAAACUCCGAUCCUUGUCUUAGAUUGGCUAUCAUAUACACGCAAAAUUUGAAACGCUGUGCGUCUCCAAAAAGCUCUAAGCGCCGAAACGCGUACGUAAUAAAGAUGUACGUUUUCACUUUUUUAGUCACGUAACACUGAACGCCAAGGCAAGUUUAUGACUUUUAUUACACACAGCGCAUCCAGAGUGUGCGCGACUAGAGCCCAACACAGAACGGAUCAACCACAGGACUAAUCGUAGUACCCCUCAUAUUUGGAUAUUUUGGAGUUACACUUCC